AUGACAUCUACUUCUAUUGAGAAAGCACCAGUAGGAUCAGUUAAUCAGCAAAUUUUUCCUAGUACUGCUACAAGGCCAUUUACAGAAGAUGGACGUCCAUUGAAAUGUUAUGUUGGAAAUUUAAGUAAUCAGUGUCGUAUGUAUCAUCUUCGUGAAAAGUUUUCUCCUUUUGGGACUAUUAUUAAUGUUGAAUUAAAACCUAAUAUUGGAUGUGGCUUUGUGGAGUUUGUAGAUCCUGAGUCGUGUAUUAAAGCAUGCCAUGCUCUAGAUGGUACAGAGCUUUUUGGUCAGACAUUACGUGUUGAAACUCAGAAACAAGUAUACGGUGUAAGGAAAAUAGUAACGGAAAAGCUUGAAGGCUGUUUUAACUGCGGUGCUAAGAAUCACUGGGCUAAACAUUGUCCAAAGAUGCCUCCUCCGGGAACACCGCAAAAUGUUUCUCCAAAAUCUUCUAUUUUAUCUUCAGAAACUCAUGGUCCUAUGAAACCUCCUGGGAAUUAUGACAUUUAUAAUUACGGUUAUCCACGAUACUAUUUUGAAGAUAUGCCAUAUCGACAACCCUGUUCAAAUGCAUAUAGAAACUCUUAUUAUUAUGCACAAAAAGAUUAUUUCUUUCGUGAUCGCGAUAUACGUGAUUCAAAAGACUUUCAGAAAUAUAGAAAUCGUCAAUGGAAUCCGCCUCCUGAAAAAUUUUCUGAAAGCGCUUCUAUCAGCUAUAAAAGAUAUCUUAAUACUGAUCCAAAAGUCAGAGAAAAUGAUCGGCUAGUAGCUUCAUCUAAUGAUUUUGAGUCAUCUGAAUUUAAGUCUAAAUCAGCAAAAUCUUUAAAUGAAGAUAAGAGUUCUAAAACCCAAGUAGAUUCUUCUCAGGCUGAAAAUGUAUUAAAAGAAUCUGAAAAAGAUAAUGUAGCUGAUAAAAAAUUGCAUAAUAAUCAAAACUCUACAUCUCAAGAUACUUCAGCUGUAGCUAAACAAGAAAUAUAUAAUCAGAACACAGAAUCUUCAGAUAAUAAGAAAGUUGCUCUUUAUCAACCAAUACGAAAAGAUCAUCUUCCUUAUGCUUAUUGUGAACCUCAGUAUUAUGAUGAUUAUUAUAACCAUCAGGACUAUAUAUAUCCUGAAUCUUAUGAUCGACCAUAUUUAGUACCUAAAUAUCCUAAUGAUACUUUACCUUAUGAUCAUUAUCCAAGUUAUACUGGUCGUCAUGCUCCUUUGCGUAUGCGAUCUAAGUACUCUGAUGGUUAUAGGUAUUAUCCUUAUUCAGAACAUUAUGCACCUUAUGAUACUAAUUAUCGAAAUCGUAAGUCUAUGCAACAUUUAGACUAUGCUCCAAACCCAAGAAUGGAUUAUGCUGCGCUUAAUUAUUCCCAAGGUUAUUCACGUAGGUGCUCUCCAUCAUCAAAUAUGUAUUCACAAUCUUAUAAUUAUGGAUAUCCUUGUGAAUAUCGCUGA